AUGUCGAAAGCGGAAAGGUAUCUUGGAGUUUUGGCCAGGAGACUAUGGAAAAGGCUGCAAUCCUCUGGCUCCAUUAUCGAGCAUCCAGACCCGGACCUUUUCGUCGGUCGCAGAUACGAGUUCAUUACGUACAAGAUUCUCUUCGAUCUCUACAGCUUGGGUGAUGUCCAUCAUGGCGCCACAUAUGAGACCUACCGCGGCCUGUGUUUUCAAGUAUGGGCCUGUUUGAAAAUGGUGCAUGCUCUUUCCGCCAAAGACACGUUCUUUAUGGUGGUGCCAUUGUAUGAAGCUGCGGAGAGUGACAAAUUCCGCCAUCUCUAUGAUAUAAAGAUCGAGUGGACUAUGUUCGGGGCUCCUGAUGAUAUGAACAUGGAAGCCUUCCAGGAAGGGAUCGUCGCAAUGUCCGCGCAGUGA